AGAAAUCAAAGCUUAAUAUAUACUUCUCUUUCAUUUAUUUUUCCCCUCAAAAACUCUCUUUUUCCCUCAUUCAAAGCUCUCUCCUUUUCUCUGUUUCUUCAUUUGUUUUGAUACGUUUGAUCAAAAACUCAUUUUUCCUCUUCUUUGUUCCCAUUUUCUGGCUGAUUUUAGUCAAAGAUUAUAGCUUUUCCCCUGCUUUGUCUCUGUUUCCUUUCACUUGGAUUCCUCUGUUUUUGCUCUGUUUUAAGUCAUACUCAUAAAAAAGUAACCAUUUUCUCACCUUGUGUUUUGUUUUUGCUUCAAAGUCCCUUCUUUGGUUUUGAUCACAAAUGGGGUUCUCCAAAAAGCCACAAGUAGAUGGAGUAUUAGACUCAGAAGGGAAGAAAUGGGUAAUAGCCGGUAUCGCCAUAAGGACUUCAUUGAAGCCAAUAAACACAAAACCAAGAGGAAAAGAAAGUGAAGAAGAGGAAGAAGAACCUUGUUCAACAACUCCAACUUCAAAAGAAGCAAGAAUACCGGACAAAUUUCCUUGCCCUCCAGCUCCAAGGAAGCCUAGGCUUCCUUUAAGAUGCCAUUAUAAUGGAGUUAGGGAGUUCUUUACUCCUCCCGAUUUGGAAACAGUUUUCAAGCGCCAUGUUGAGAAAGCAAAUUGAGUUUGAAAUGACUACUUUUUAGAGUAAAAGUUCAAGUUUUUAGGUUAGGAGGUUUUUUUUUUUGUUUUUUUUUGGGUCUUUUUGCAUUAGUAACUCUUUCUCUAACCAAUAUAGUGGAGAGGAGUUGAAGGUGUACAAAGAUAUGAUAAUUUGAAUGAAAUGAGUAGUGUAGUUUAGGUCAGUUGAGUAAAGCUUUCUCUAUAUGUAUUCAAGUUUCUUGCUUUUAGCUAAUACUACUAGCUGGUAAGUUCAUACUUCAUCUCUGACUUUGGUGCUUGAUUGCUUGUGUUGGAAUGGUUUGGAUUAUGGAACUUCUUGUACUGCUCUAGAUGUUUGAAUUGAAGCUUGAAGACUAUAAAAUUAGUGGUGAUAUCCAAAUGAAUGAUUUUGGGUUUUUUUUUUGGUUUGAAAUAUUGGAGGUUUUGG